AUAAACAUAAAACACCAACCCUAUUUCUUGUCAGGUGUCACCCUGAUUUUUCCCCUUUGACAUUCAACUCUCUCUCAAAUUCGCUCUGUGGUUGCCGGAGAUCUUAGCUCUUCACAGUCGUCGAAUUCCCUCUCAGCUAAUUUUCUCUCUCCUCAAUGCUGUCCAAGAUUGCUUCCAAGUCAGUGCGCCGUGGGCCUGCCACUUUGAUUCGUCGGUUUACCCAUGACGUUCGUUCAUCCUCCAAAAGAGUAGAUGAUUCUUUGAAGACCCAUCAGUCUUGCUUCCAUCAUCAGAAAGGGGAUGGAGCUUGUAACUCUUUGUUUAGAUGGAGUUCCGGUAAAGGCAAUACCAGGCAGUUCCAUAGUGUUUCAAACCCUCCAGCUGUUAUGGGCCCAACCACAGGAGUCUUCAUCAGAAAUAUUACAAGCAUGACUCUGAAAUUGGGAUCUAAUGAAGUGUUGUGUAGAGGAUCGCCCAGUUUGCAGCUGCACCCGCAAAGGUGCUUUUCAUCAAGUGCAGACCUGCCUCCACACCAAGAAAUAGGCAUGCCAUCUCUUUCUCCUACUAUGGAAGAGGGGAAUAUUGCUAGAUGGGUGAAGAAAGAAGGAGAUAAAGUAUCCCCUGGUGAAGUAAUCUGUGAAGUCGAAACAGAUAAAGCAACAGUGGAGAUGGAAGGCAUGGAGGAUGGUUAUCUUGCCAAGAUACUUAAAGGAGAUGGCACACAAGGAAUUAAAGUUGGCGAGGUGAUUGCUAUCACCGUUGAAGAUGAGAAAGAUAUUGAGAAGUUCAAGGAUUACACGCCCUCCAAAUCAGAGACCGCUGUCCCUGAAACCGAGAAACCAUCUGAACCUGAAGCUCCUGAAAAACAGACAAGUCCGGCACCUGCAGUUCACACGGAGAAAAAAGUUUCAGAGCCUAGUCAGAAGUCACCAGCAGGGGAUCGCAUAUUUGCUAGCCCCCUUGCAAGGAAAUUGGCUGAAGACAAAAAUGUUACUUUGUCAAGUGUAAAAGGAACAGGUCCAGAUGGUCGCAUUGUCAAAGCUGACAUUGAAGAUUAUUUGGCAUCUCGGGGCAAGGAAUCACCAGCAACUGUACCUAAGGCUGCUGAAGGAGCUGGACUGGACUUCUCAGAUAUCCCUCAUUCUCAGAUAAGAAAGGUCACUGCUGCACGCUUAUUAAUGUCCAAGCAAACCAUUCCUCAUUAUUAUCUGACAGUAGAUACCUGUGUGGACAAACUUAUGGAACUGCGUAGUCAAUUGAAUUCGUUACAAGAGGCUUCUGGAGGGAAGAGAAUUUCUGUUAAUGAUCUUGUAAUCAAGGCUGCGGCUUUGGCACUGAAGAAAGUUCCGGAAUGCAAUAGUUCUUGGACCAAUGACUAUAUACGCCAGUUUCACAAUGUGAAUAUUAAUGUCGCAGUGCAAACUGAGAAUGGGUUAUAUGUUCCAGUUGUCCGGGAUGCUGACAAGAAAGGUUUGUCCAAAAUUUCAGAAGAAGUUAAAAGUUUGGCCCAAAAAGCAAGGGAAAAUAGCCUGAAACCAGAACAAUAUGAGGGUGGCACUUUUACUGUGUCAAACCUGGGAGGGCCUUUUGGAAUCAAACAAUUCUGUGCUAUUAUUAAUCCUCCUCAGGCAGCCAUUCUUGCAGUUGGUUCUGCUCAAAAGAGAGUCAUUCCUGGAGAUGAUGCUGCUAACCAAUUUAAGUUUGCUUCCUUCAUGUCCGUUACACUAAGCUGUGAUCAUCGUGUUAUUGAUGGUGCUAUGGGUGCAGAGUGGCUAAAAGCAUUCAAAGGCUACAUUGAAAACCCAGAGUCGAUGAUGCUAUAGAUUUUAGUUUGUGGUCUCUCUUAUUUGGGCUUUAAGUUAAUUGAUUAGAUGAUUUUAUUUCCACUAGCAUUUUCUGAGUUCAUUGUUUUGACAUAAGGGAGCAAAGGGAUUCAUGGCUCUAGGAGCUCAGGGUGUACUUGUGGUAAUCAUGUACAAUUUUGUAAUAAAUGAGGGGUCAAGUCUUGCUAUUUAAAACAUUGAUUUACCCAAGCAAAGUACAGGAGGCUUCAAAUACGAAGGUUUUGUUGAUUGAUAGUUGAAAUUUCAUCUUUAACUUAAAGAAUUUAAAGUUGAAAUUUCAUCUAUAGUCUUGUUUUGAACGUCUCAUUUCUUAGUUUUGUACGUUCCUCGUUUUUUGAGGGCUUCAGUAAUGAUGAUGACAUACUUUGGAAGA